AUGUAUUUGUCGCGAUUGCACAUACCGUUGACGAUGUGCAGGUAUAUGGGAGUAUAUCCUGAAGAAAAGUAUAGAACUGGUCAAAUAAUUAUAUUUCUCAUUAUUUUCAUUUCGCAAUGGAUUAUUAUUUAUCUAGCCAUUUUACAUCUAAUUUAUAAAGAUCAUAUUACUAUAUCGGAUCUAACAAAUGCUUUGGAGACGUUAUUUUUAAUAUUUCAUGCUAUGAUUAAAUUAUCUAUGUUUUUUGUCAAGGAAAGUGAAUUUCAUGAUCUACUCGAAAGGAUAAACUAUUUUUGGAAAGUUAACGACGUAGAGGACGAGGUAGAAAGAAAGAAGCAUCAGAAAUAUCUAAAAUUGAUAAAAAUUCGGUCAUCAAUGUACAAUUUUUGGGCCUCAGCCACGUCAGUGGCUUUUAUGUUGAAACCGUUUUUGUUAAAGGGCGAUAAUUCGAUUUUUACCACGGCCAGUCCAACAUGGAUUCCGUCCGGUGUUAUGACGUUUUACGAAGAGGUUUUUUUUGCUUUUGGCGUGUAUGGACCUAUUGCUGGUAUGGACCUGUUUACAUUGGCCCUUUUACUGCUGACGAGGAUGCAGUUUGAUAUGUUAAAUCAAGAAAUCCAGCGCGUGUUCCAAAAUAUGACCAAUUCGGAAGAGAAUGUGGAGGAAACUAAUGAGAGGAUUAAGAAAAUCGUAGAUUAUCAUAAUUUUCUCUUGGAUUACGUAAAUAGAAUAAAUAACGCUCUAUCUGAAGGUAUGUUCCUGUAUAUAGUUACCAUUCUUCUGUCGAUGUGUGUGGAAAUGUACAUUGCAUCAGUACAGAAAUCGGUAAUGGUUGCAAUCCAAGCAAUAAUGUAUGCGUCCAAUGGGCUAUUGCAAUACUGUAUCUGCUACUGUCUACCUGCUCAGUCUGUAACUGACGAGGCCGAGCUUACAGCAAAAUACGUAUACUUCAAUAACUGGAACGAACACCCUCUAUCUUCAGUAAAAGUGGCACAAAUAAUGAUAAUAGCUAGAGCACAACAAAGAACACUUAUUUUAGCAGGUGGAUUUAUUAAACUUGAUUUGGAAACGUAUUUAAAGACAUUGAAAACAAUGAUAUCUUAUGCUAUGUUCCUAAGAACUAUGGGAAUUGGACAGGAUUAG